GAGAGUCGCUGAGCCGUGGGCAUGCACGGCCGCACAGCAAAUCUGCUCGGCCCUAGAGUACAUCCAUCAGAAGGGGGUGGUCCACUGCGACCUGAAACCCGAAAAUGCGAUGCUCCUGCGGGCGACCGACGCGAAGAGGGAGGAAGCUCCACACAUCGUGUUGGUGGACUUCGGCAUCUCGGAGAUUGUAGAG